AACUAACAGCCUUCUUCUUCUUCUUCUUCUUAUUCCUCAGAGGUUGUUACGUGGAAACAUUUCAUAUUAAUCAAGUUUGUUGCCAUCAGUGAAUUUAGAAGUAAAUUGUUGACUUGUCUAUUGUGAAUUGGUUUUAAGUUUGCUUAUUCGAUCCAAGAAGAUGAGGAGCAAAGGAAACAAGAAGAGUAAGUUGAUGAAGAUCAUACUUGCACCCAUCAAAGUUUUGAGCAAAGCCAGGGACUUCUACGUGAAGGGAAUGGAUGAUUGGGCGAGUCGGCUUGGGAACGGUGGGGUGAUGGGUGGCCCUGGCGUCCAUGUCUCGCAGUUGCCCAAGAGUUUCAGUUUCAAAUCCUCAAGAUCAAGCGACAGUGAAGAGGAAUUAGCGGAGCUUUUGCGUUCAGCAUCAAAGAGAGCGAUGGAGUGUAAAGAACGUCAAGAAAAGAAUGUGAGAGAGAGGGCUGGGAUGCAGGGGAUGCGGAGCUACAGUGUGGGAAUUGGGAAGAUUGGGAGGAUUGAUGAGGACAAGCCUUGUUCCUUCGAGGAAGAUGUGGUGUAUCCAAGGAGUAGAAGUUGUGCUGUGGGGAGGAAUGUGGUGGUGUAUCGUUAGUGAAGGGAUGUGGAAAGGAGUUCCAUCAGUUCUUGAUUUUCUUUUCUUUAUUAUUUACAUGGAAACUGAUCUGGAAAUUGGAAUACAAGCUGUGAAUUUUC